GUCCCGCCCCGGCCGCCUGUGCCAUCUUGUCUUUAGCAGGAACAAAAACGGAGCAAGAAACAAGUCCCGUCUAAGGAUGGAGCACAGAUUUUAAGACGAGUUUACGCGUUUAAUUUCGGGAAGGGUCAGUGCUCGGAGGUGCAGCUCCAGGGAGAAACAACAGCAGCAGCAGCCGCCCCACCCCGUAGUAGCACCACAGCUAAUGUCAGCGUUAGCUCACAGGCUAUCGAAGCUAAGCUAGACAAUUAGCCGAGUAACGUUCGCUUAAAGUUCACAUUUAAGCCUCCUAAGCUAGGGGGAGUAAACUGAAAAAGGCGAAUUUUAUUCACAGUGUUUCCGCAGUCAGGAGGGAGUUGGGUGGAAAUGGGCCAGGUGUCGUGUUGAUUAUCCGCGGAGACGAACCCGAAACCCGGGAUAUGAGGAUUGAGGCUCGCCGCUAGCUCCGCUGCUAACAGUUGUUUUUCGUUCCGGAGGGGAACCACAAUAAGCCGCGGCCCUGGCCAUGCCCUCGAAUGCACGGGCGGGCAAUCUGAAGGACCCCGAUGUGGCAGAUCUCUUCUGCAAAGAUGAUCCGGAGAAGCUGUUCGCCGACCUCCGCGAGAUCGGCCACGGCAGCUUCGGAGCCGUGUACUUCGCCCGAGAUGUGCGCAACAAUGAGGUGGUGGCAAUCAAGAAAAUGUCCUACAGCGGCAAGCAGACUAACGAGAAAUGGCAGGACAUCAUUAAAGAAGUGAAGUUCCUGCAGAAACUUCGGCACCCGAACACUAUCGAGUACCGAGGCUGUUACCUGAAAGAACACACAGCAUGGCUGGUGAUGGAGUACUGCCUCGGCUCGGCCUCAGACCUCCUCGAAGUUCACAAAAAGCCACUCCAGGAAGUUGAAAUAGCUGCUAUUACCCAUGGUGCUCUGCAGGGAUUAGCAUAUCUUCACUCUCACAACAUGAUUCACAGGGAUGUGAAAGCAGGAAACAUCCUGCUGACGGAGCCUGGCCAGGUCAAACUGGGGGACUUCGGUUCCGCCUCCAUCGUGGCUCCGGCCAACUCCUUCGUGGGGACUCCUUACUGGAUGGCUCCAGAGGUGAUCCUGGCCAUGGACGAGGGCCAGUACGAUGGGAAGGUCGAUGUCUGGUCGCUGGGCAUCACCAGUAUAGAGCUGGCGGAGAGGAAGCCCCCUCUCUUUAAUAUGAAUGCUAUGAGUGCCUUAUACCACAUUGCUCAGAAUGAAAGCCCCAUCCUGCAGUCCAAUCACUGGUCUGAUUCCUUCCGCAACUUUGUUGACUCUUGCCUACAGAAGAUUCCCCAGGACCGGCCUACCUCGGACGUGCUGCUGAAUCAUCGGUUCUUGUGCCGCGAGCGCCCCAUGACGGUGAUCAUGGACCUCAUCGCACGGACCAAGGAUGCAGUGAGGGAGCUGGACAACCUGCAGUACCGCAAGAUGAAGAAGAUCCUCUUCCAGGAAACGCAGCAGAACGGCCCCGUGACCGAGGGAGGAGACGAGGAGGAGGAGGUGGAGCAGUACUUGUUGCAGACCGGCACAAUCAACAGCAUGGAAAGCUCCCAGUCGGUCCCCAGCAUGUCCAUCUCAGCCAGCUCUCAGAGCAGCUCAGUCAACAGCCUGGCCGACGCCUCUGAUGACAGCAGCAGUGAGAUGGCCAUGAUGCAGGAGGGCGAGCAGACCGUCACCUCCAACAGCUCCAUCAUCCACCGGCCUACGGGUCAAGACAACAUCUAUGACGACCCUUAUCAGCCGGAGAUGGAUCAACCCCAGGCCCCCUCAGCUGGACGCCGCCGAGCCUAUUAUCGCAACCGGGACCACUUUGCCACCAUCCGAACCGCCUCCUUGGUGACCCGUCAGAUCCAGGAGCACGAGCAGGGCUCCGCUCUCCGAGAGCAGAUGUCCGGCUACAAGCGCAUGAGGCGGCAGCACCAGAAGCAGCUGAUGGGCCUGGAGAACAAGCUGAAGGCGGAGAUGGACGAACAUCAGCUGAAACUGGACAAGGAGCUGGAGAACCAGAGGAACAGCUUCUCCACGGAGGCCGACAAGCUGGCCAAGAAGCACCAGGCCAUCCUGGAGAAAGAGACAAAAGCAGCUCUGGCUGAAGAGAAGAAGUUCCAGCAGCACAUACUGGGCCAGCAGAAGAAGGAACUGACCAGUUUACUGGAGUCACAGAAACGCCAGUAUCGUCAGCGCAAGGAGCAGCUGAAGGAGGAGCUGAACGAGAACCAGUCGACCCCAAAGCGGGAGAAGCAGGAGUGGUUGAUCCGCCAGAAGGAGUGUCUUCAGCAGAUGCAGGCGGAGGAGGAGGCCAGCUUGCUCAGGAGGCAGAGGCAGUACUACGAGCUGCAGUGUCGCCAGUACAAGAGGAAGAUGCUGCUUGCCCGACACAACCUGGAGCAGGACCUGCUCAGAGAGGACCUGAAUAAGAAGCAGACUCAGAAGGACCUGGAGUGUGCCAUGCUGCUGCGGCACCACGAGUCCACCCAGGAGCUGGAGUUCAGGCAGCUGGGCUCGGUGCAGCGAACCCGGGCCGACCUGAUCCGGACGCAGCACCAGACCGAGCUGACCAACCAGAUGGAGUACAACAAGCGGCGCGAGCAAGAACUCAGACAGAAACAUGCCAUGGAGGUCCGGCAGCAGCCCAAGAGCCUCAAGUCCAAAGAGCUGCAGAUCAAGCGUCAGUUCCAGGAGACCUGCAAGAUCCAGACGCGCCAGUACAAAGCCCUGAGGAACCACCUGCUGGAGAGCACUCCCAAAUCCGACCACAAGGCCGUCCUCAAACGCCUCAAAGAGGAGCAAACACGUAAGCUGGCCAUCCUGGCCGAGCAGUACGACCACUCCGUCAACGACAUGCUGUCCACACAGGCUGUGAGUAAGCUGCGUCUGGACGAGACCCAGGAGGCGGAGUACCAGGUGCUCCGGAUGCAGCUGCAGCAGGAGCUGGAGCUGCUGAACGCCUACCAGAGCAAGAUCAAGAUCCACACCGACACCCAGCACGAGCGGGAGGUGAAAGACCUGGAGCAGAGGGUGUCCAUCCGCAGAGCGCUGCUGGAGCAGAGGAUCGAGGAGGAGAUGCUGUCUCUGCAGAACGAGCGCUCGGAGCGAAUCCGGACUCUGCUCGAGCGCCAGGCUCACGAGAUCGAGGCCUUCGACUCGGAGAGCAUGCGCCUGGGCUUCAGCAACAUGGCGCUGACCGGCAUCCCGGCCGAGGCCUUCAACCAGGGCUACCCGACCCCCAGCCCGUCCUCGGGCUCCAGCGGCUGGCCGUCCCGGCCCGUCCCCCGCUCCGGCAGCCACUGGAGCCACAGCGUCCAGAACUCGGUGGCGACCCCGUCCUGGCGCAGCCAGAACCACGGCGGCGCCGGCUUCAGCCGGGCCGAGUCCAUCCAGUCGUCCCACGGCCUGGGGAGGGACAGCGACCUGAACAGGAGCGGCAGGGGCCACUCCUCCUCCUCUUCCUCCUCCUCCUCUUCCUCCCACCACCACCACCACCACCAGCAGCAGCACUACCUCCCCCAGCACUACCAACACCACCAGAGCACCCCCCAGCUCUACCGCGACACCCACGACCGCGAGAUCAGGGAGCGGGAGCGGGAGCGCGCCAGGGAGUGGGUGGGAGGAGGUGGGGGCCACUACUCUCAUCACUCCCAAGGCCACCAUCACCUCUCCACCCACGCCUCCUCCCAGUCCCUCGCCCUCCUGCCUCCCCCGCCGCCGCCUCCCCCCAUCUCCCUCUCCUCCUCCUCCCCCCCCUCCUCCGCCUCCUCCUCCUCGUCGUCGCAGGGCGGCUACGGAGGCGGCGGCCUGAGCGUCCGGGGGCCCACCCUGAUGGCGCUCAGGAACAGCCCCCAGCCGCUGAGGAGGACGGCCUCCGGCGGCCCGGGGGGCGGCGGGGGGAGCGACGGGGGGCUCAGCCGGAGCACGUCGGUCACCUCCCACAUCUCCAACGGCUCUCACCUCUCUUACUCCUGAAAGGCGGAGAUCCCUCCUGUGACCCUCGGCCCCCGCCCCUCUGAGGAAAGGGCAGUUUGAGCCAAAAGCGGAAGCAGAGCGAUGCCCGUUUCCCCAGAGAGUUAGUUUUUAAGUUUUAGAAGAUUUUGAGAGUCUUCUCGGAGCAGCGGCAAAUAAUUUGAUCCUUUAAAAAAAACAAAAACAACCUGAUUUUAAGAUCUCCUUUCUGUGCAGGGGUGUAACGCUGCACCGACAAGAAAGAGAGGUUCCCUUUUAGUCUUUUAGUCACUACAGGGCUGUUUUAAGUUUUAAACCCCGAGUCACACAGGAGCAGCGAUACAAUCCGAGAGAAGGAGCCGAUUAAUAAAACGUCCACAAAUGAGCCGUGUGUUGCAAAACAAACGAGUCGAACCAUCAUUUCACAUCCAAAAAAACAAAAAGCCAUUUGUUUGUUUUGUAACACGCUGAACGCAUUGCACAGUAUUGAUGGUUUAAACCGAGUCACUUGUUGAGGUUCAGGUGUUCAGAGUCGCAGCAGGUUUUUUUUUUUUUUUUUUUUUUUUCUUAGUUUGUAUCGAACUGAGCAACGAGCGACAGUUGUGGAGCUUCCACUCGCGGUGCUUUAAAAACCACUGUAACUAUGUAAAUAAUGGUAAAUUGUAAACCCAGUUUUUGAUUUGUAAGUGUUUCAUACGUUCA